UAUUAUUAUCGCGUUCUUCGUCCUGGAAAAGGAAAGCGACAACCGCUCGUCAGCCACGGCUGCUGUGGACGACCAAACAAGACCGGCGUAGACGAAACUGUAGAGAAAGGGCGGAGCCAAAACCCUAGAUCCGGCGUCCCUUUGGUGGUUUCGAUGCGGCGCUAGGGUUUAGGGUUUUCGUCAGCAGCCGCACCGGGAAGAGAGAUCGCGGCGAGGAUGAUGGGCUCCAGGGGGCUGUUCGGGUGGUCUCCGCCCCACGUACAGCCCCUGACUCCGGUUUCCGAGGUGUCGGAGCCACCUGAAUCCCCCUCGCCGUACACGGAGGGCGGGGCCGACCCGGUGGCCCCGGAGGACGAGGGCGGUGCGGAGGACAUGGAGGAGAUCGAGCCGCCUCCGGCCGCGGUUCCGUUCUCUAGGCUAUUUGCCUAUGCGGACCGGGUCGAUUGGGUGCUGAUGGCAGUCGGCUCCAUCGCGGCGGCCGCGCACGGGGUCGCGCUGGUGAUCUACCUGCAUCUUUUCGGGCAGGGCAUCCAUUUGUUGCGCUACGAGAGCCCGAGAUCCGGCUUACACCAUGACGGUGACCUGCUGUUAAGGAAAAUGAAGGACCAUGUGCUGUACAUCGUUUAUAUUUCUAUUUCUGUUCUGGUUGCUGGUUGGAUAGAGGUCUCUUGCUGGAUUCUCACUGGAGAGAGGCAGACCGCAGUCAUAAGGUCAAAGUAUGUCCAGGUCUUACUAAACCAAGACAUGAGUUUCUUUGAUACAUACGGGAACAAUGGAGAUAUAGUUAGUCAAGUACUGAGUGAUGUCCUGCUCAUUCAGUCUGCUCUAAGUGAGAAGGUUGGAAACUAUAUUCAUAACAUGGCAACGUUCUUUGGUGGCCUUAUCAUUGGUUUGGUUAACUGUUGGCAGAUAGCACUUCUAACCCUAGCAAGUGGUCCUUUUAUUGUUGCAGCUGGAGGAAUAUCUAAUAUUUUUCUCCACAGGCUUGCUGAAAAUAUUCAAGAUGCAUAUGCCGAAGCAGCAAGCAUAGCAGAACAGGCGAUCUCAUACAUUAGGACAUUGUAUGCCUUCACAAAUGAAACACUUGCAAAGUAUUCCUAUGCAACCGCACUUCAGGCUACGCUGAGAUAUGGUAUAUUGAUUAGUCUUGUACAAGGCCUUGGUCUUGGAUUCACAUAUGGACUUGCUAUAUGUUCUUGUGCUUUACAACUUUGGGUUGGGAGGUUCCUUAUAUCACAUCACAAAGCUAAUGGUGGUGAGAUCGUGACAGCUCUAUUUGCUGUAAUUUUAAGUGGACUUGGAUUAAAUCAAGCGGCUACAAACUUCUAUUCAUUUGAACAAGGAAGAAUUGCUGCAUAUAGACUUUUUGAGAUGAUAAGCCGUUCAAACUCUUCUAUUAAUCAGGAGGGAAGCAAUCUAGCUUCAGUGCAAGGAAAUAUUGAGUUCAGGAAUGUAUAUUUCAGUUAUCUUUCUCGGCCAGAAAUUCCCAUAUUGAGUGGUUUCUUCCUAACUAUACCUGCUAGAAAGGCUGUGGCUCUUGUUGGGCGCAAUGGUUCUGGAAAGAGCAGCAUUAUUCCUCUGAUGGAGCGAUUCUAUGAUCCAACACUUGGUGAAGUUCUUUUGGAUGGGGAGAAUAUAAAAAAUUUGAAGCUGGAGUGGUUAAGAAGCCAAAUAGGACUAGUUACCCAGGAGCCUGCUUUGUUAAGUUUGAGCAUCAGGGAUAAUAUUGCUUAUGGAAGAUCUGCUACUUCUGAUCAGAUUGAGGAGGCCGCCAAAACAGCUCAUGCACAUGGAUUCAUUAGUUCCCUUGCAAUGGGAUACGAAACACAGGUUGGCAAGGCUGGUUUAACAUUGACGGAAGAACAAAAAAUAAAGAUUUCAAUUGCUCGUGCUGUGCUUUCAAAUCCGUCCAUACUUUUACUAGAUGAGGUCACAGGUGGACUUGAUUUUGAGGCAGAAAGUGCUGUUCAGGAAGCUUUAGAUAUUCUCAUGUUGGGAAGGUCCACUAUAAUAAUAGCCAGACGCCUUAGUCUUAUCCGUAACGCUGACUAUAUUGCAGCAAUGGAAGAAGGUCAACUUGUGGAAAUGGGUACUCAUGAUGAGCUAUUGAGCCUUGAUGGCCUGUAUGCUGAACUUUUGAGAUGUGAGGAGGCAGCAAAGCUUCCUAAGAGGACACCCAUCAGAAAUUAUAAAGAUUCAAAUCUUCAAACUGAGAAGGCUUCAUCAGGAACUCAUAGUCUCCAAGAACCAUCAUCUCCUAAUUUGUCAAAGUCACCUUCUCUUCAGAGAGGACAAGAUCUUCAUUUAUGUAAACAGCAAGAUGCUAGUUAUAACUCACAUGAAUCAUCAAAGACUCAUAGCCCAGCUCCAGAACCAAGGGUGGAAAAUGGGAUGGUGUCUGAAAAAUGUCCAUCUAUCAAAAGACAGGACAGCUUAGAGAUGAGAUUGCCUGAGCUUCCCAAACUAGAGGUUCAUUCCAUUAACAGGCAAUCUUCAAAAACAUCAGACCCAGAAUCUCCUAUUUCCCCACUUCUCACAUCUGACCCUAAAAAUGAACGUUCUCAUUCAAAUACAUUCAGCCGCCCACUUAAUCCGUUUGAUAUGGUGCAUGUUAAAAAGAAAGAGGCAAAUGAUUUUCAACAACAGAAACCUCCAUCAUUUUGGCGGCUUGUGGAACUCAGUUUUGCUGAAUGGUUUUAUGCUCUUCUAGGAAGCAUUGGUGCUGCAAUUUUUGGAUCAUUCAAUCCUCUCCUUGCUUACGCUAUUGCACUUAUAGUAGCAGCCUAUUAUAGAAUAGGCGACCGUGAUGUUCACAACGAAGUAAAUAGGUGGUGCUUGAUCAUUGCCUGCAUGGGUAUCAUUACAGUGGUUGCAAACUUUUUGCAACACUUCUACUUUGGUAUAAUGGGGGAGAAAAUGACUGAACGAGUUAGGAGGAUGAUGUUCUCUGCAAUUUUGCACAAUGAGGUUGAGUGGUUUGAUGAGGAAGAGAAUAGCGCAGAUACAUUGUCAAUGCGAUUAGCUAAUGAUGCAACCUAUGUUCGUGCUGCGUUCAGCAACCGCCUUUCUAUAUUAGUACAAGAUAUUGCUGCUGUUGCUGUAGCGUUUCUUAUAGGUUUGCUGUUAGAUUGGCGUGUCGCACUUGUUGCACUUGCAACUCUUCCCAUUCUAACAGUUUCUGCUGUUGCACAGAAAAUGUGGCUUGCUGGAUUUUCAAAGGGAAUUCAAGAGAUGCAUAGGAAAGCCUCUUUGGUCCUUGAGGAUGCAGUACGAAAUAUUUAUACUGUUGUUGCCUUUUGUGCUGGUAACAAGAUUAUGGAGUUGUACAGAUUGCAUCUUUCUACCAUACUGAAACAGAAUUUCAUCCUUGGAAUGGCAAUUGGUUUUGCUUUUGGCUUCUCGCAGUUCCUUCUUUUUGCCUGCAAUGCUCUUCUUCUUUGGUACACAGCUAUGUCAGUACACAAUGGACGAAUCAAAAUAGAGACAGCUCUUAAAGAGUACAUUGUCUUUACUUUUGCAACCUUUGCUUUGGUGGAGCCAUUUGGUCUUGCACCUUACAUACUAAAGCGACGGAAGGCUCUUACUUCAGUAUUUGAAAUCAUAGAUCGUGUACCAAAGAUUGAUUCGGAUGACAAUGCUGGUAUAAGCCCUCCCAAUAUAUACGGAAGCAUCGAGUUCAGAAAUGUAGAUUUCUUUUACCCAACACGACCGGAGGCGAUGAUUCUAAGUAAUUUCAGUCUUAAGGUGAGUGGGGGGCAAACAGUAGCAGUAGUGGGGGUAUCAGGGUCUGGAAAGAGCACAAUAAUAUCACUAAUUGAGAGAUUCUAUGACCCUGUUUGUGGUCAAAUUUUGUUGGAUGGACGAGAUCUGAAGCUUUUUAACUUGAGAUGGCUGCGUGGCCACAUGGGUCUGGUUCAACAGGAACCGGUUAUAUUUUCAACAACCAUAAGGGAGAAUAUAAUUUAUGCACGGCACAAUGCAACUGAGUCUGAGAUGAAAGAAGGUGCAAGGAUCGCAAAUGCACACCAUUUCAUCAGCAGCUUGCCACAUGGUUAUGACACUCAUGUGGGCAUGAGAGGGGUUGAUUUGACUCCUGGACAGAAACAAAGAAUUGCCAUUGCUAGGGUGGUACUAAAGAAUGCACCUAUACUGUUGUUGGAUGAGGCAAGCUCUGCAAUAGAAUCCGAGUCAAGUCGAGUGGUGCAGGAAGCACUUGACACAUUGAUCAUAGGGAACAAGACAACCAUUCUUAUCGCACAUAGGGCAGCAAUGAUGAGGCAUGUGGACAAUAUUGUGGUUAUAAAUAGUGGUAGGAUAGUUGAGCAGGGCACCCACGAGUCAUUGUUGCAGAAGAAUGGAUUGUAUGUUAGGUUGAUGCAGCCACAUUUCGGAAAGGGCCUUCGUCAGCAUCGACUUGUUUAGGCAAAUUUUCUUCUGUGGGACUUGUAAAUUGUUGUCUCUGAUCUGACCUUUGGUUGUGAAAAAGCUUCCUUGCCUCUUGCAAUGUCGCUAGCCUCAGCGCCAUGAUGAAAUGUCGAAGCAUGCGGUGGGCAGUGUCUAUUACAAGAGCAGAUGAAAUGGAUAACUAAUCUGACUUGUAACAUUGUUGAUCACCAUGGAGUCGUGAAAUGCGCCAUUAGGAGUUGGGAAAAGAAGUAGAGUUGUCGGACACGUCAAUUGGACAAUUAAGGCAGCAUAUGUCGAGUGUUGUGCAUUAAUUAUUUUGGAGGCUAGGCGCUUUGUUCUGGCGACUGCUACCUCCAUACUGUAUUGAUUUGUAAAUUCAAAGGAUUUAAGGGGUGUUGUAUUUUUAUGCUAGUGCUACCAUGAUAGAGAAAUUUGUUUCGUCCAAAAUUCCCCGCACUGUCCUGUGUUGUAAUUUGAGAACCCACUAAUGUUUUUGUGUAGAAAUGGUAUGGUGUAGCAAGAAUAGGGCUUAUUAGUUUCUUGAAUCAAGUCGACAACCAAAAAGCUUGCUAUGA